AUAAGCGUAAGAUUCAACGAAAUCUUGCAUUGAGAUGAGAUAAACUCAAUGGAACAGCGUUGUUACAAAAGUGGGGGAGAGGAGCAGGAGGGUUUCUCGAAGGAGUCAAGAGAAUCGUUGCUUUCUGUUCAAGCAACAAGAUUCGACGGCGGUAUCCUGAAUCCUAAAACUAUUAGUCAUGAGUGUCAUACAGUUGCAUUACACAACUGUGCGUAUGUAUUCUUUGCCUCGACGAUAACUUAAGGAAAAGGCGGACGAUAUGUAGAGCAAACAAGAGUAGAGUAAAAGAGUUUUCACGAAAGCAACACACUUCUCUACGAUUUACACGACAUGUAAUUGAGGAAGUUAAAGAUCGAUCUCUCUUUUUACUAGGAGAUCAAGAUCAAAGGUCGUGAAAGACACGAAGAUUCGUGGGUCGUUCAACGGAAGGAUCUCACAAACCAAUUCAAGGGGGUUGAGAGAUACAAGGACGACUCGAUGAUGCUCGUACGAGGAGAUGUUGAGAGGAGAAAGAAGCAGGGGCGGAGGCGGAUGAAGAGGAGGAUGAGGAGUAGGAGGGGACAGGAGUAUAGGAUCGGCGAGAGACAGUUCAGUGGCCCUCUUCCUUCGGCCGCGAGUCGCGCCUUUCCAAAGGCCAGCGGGCUCCUUGUCCUAUUUCUGACGUCACGCGAGCGCACAAGAGACUGCCUAACGGCGCAUGCGCGACUGUUCACCAACAUGGUGAACGUCCUGCAACUCUCACUCGCGACUCGGAGGAGGCAAGGCUGCCUGCGAGGCGACGAGUAGUGAGCGGUUAUCGCGUCGUUCGUGCACGGCCCGAAUAAAGGUUGAGAAGACGGACACACGAUGGUAUCGAGAAGAAAAAUACUCUCCCGUUCGCGAGAUAAUCUCGUGGAAUCUCAAUACGAGGAACAAGAGGAGGAGGAUGUUUGGUACAAUCUCGACAAAUUGUACAAGGAUCACAUACAAGAAGUUUUGGAUAAAUGGAAUCAAAUAGACGAUGAAAUAUGGGCGAAAGUAAUUGUCUUUGAGAGAAAUAGACGCGUCGCGAAAGCGUAUGCUAGGGCACCGGUUCUCACGAUAAACGGCUCGAACGAUGGCUUCGACGGCUUCAGGAUAGGACUUUGCGGUUUUGAUAAUCCAAUGCGUGAUCCGAAGACGGAAGAAGCGAAACGUCAUAUUAAUCAAGGUGUUAAAAUAAAAAUGGAUGAACAAGGAAAUAUUCUUAUUAAAAGGUUGUGUAAAAAUAAUGUUUACAUCAAACCAACCAAUCAGGAGGAUAAUGCUAUUGGGCCUGAAAUUAUACGUAAUUCACAGGGUGCCCUCGAGCACGAGAAACCGGGAAAGUUGUUUGAUAUGAACAAGUUUCAAACAAACUUAUCUCGCGAGACUCGACGAGCAUAUCCCGACAGACGAAGAUUGGAGAUGCAAUGUUUAAGUGCUAUCGUUUUUGUAAGAACGGAAGCAGAUCUUCUUCAAUGUCCAGUUUGGGUUCUCAUAGUGAACGUUGUCGGACUGGACAUGCUCAAGUCAAAAUUGCCACCAGUUUUAGCAUUGCAAAGGCCUGUAGAUAUAAAGAAUCGUCCAAGGAUACCUAUUCCAGACGAGGAUCCUUACAGCGUCGCUGGUGUUUCAUCCUCUGUUGGACCUAGUGAAAUAAUGCAAUCAGAGAGAGAUUCUCGAGAACAAAUCUAUAUGCAAUCCACGAGUUACCAGCAACGACGAGCUGAGAGGCCACCUAAACUUCCACCCAGAGAAAAUCUUUAUGGUCAUGAUAUACCUAAGCCCGAUUACGAUGACAUCGAGGAUGAUUACUCGAGGACGAUAAAACCUGCCGGUAUGGCGAAUGAAGAAAAAAGGAGCAAGAACGAUGAUAGAAAGAAAUAUGACGAUCCAUAUUAUUGUGGAUUACGUGCACGCGUACCUAACUUCGUGAAGAUGGCAAGAAACGGACAAAGUAAAGGUAUUCCUCCUCGAGGACACAUCAGACCUCAACCUGCGCCAUCUUAUGCUGGCUCCGUAUAUGCCAGUAGUCAAUCGUCUCAGAUAUAUGGACAUCACGUUCCCGCGAAUCGACCACACAUCAUGUACCAUGCGAGAAGUUUUGAGAGUGGGCUGGACACGGAUAAUAGAAUCGAAUCGCCGUACAACCAUAUAUAUGGAAGAUUACCCAUCCCGACGAGAGGCGUGAUACCUCCUGCACCGCGUGCUAUGUACAUUGGAGAAUGGGAUUAAGUUUUAACAAGUAUCUCAACGUUUGUACCUAUAAACUUGUAUAUUGUUAAUAUACCACAUAAAUACUCAUAUUUUUAUGCUACCGAAA